AUGAAAUUUUCAUUCUUGAGACAUAACUUAGUUGAGCUUAUUGGAAAAGUAGAGCAAUUAGAUUCUCCAAGCUCUAUUAUUAAGAAAUUUGGACCAUUUCUAAUGAGUAGUUUGUUUAAUCAAAAACUCUAAGAGAGUCAAGAAGUCAUUAAUUACAUGGAGAAAAAUAUUGAAAAAAGUGAAUUCAUUCGAAAUAUUACUCAUGAUCCUAAUUCUAAAAAUUGGAGAACUAAUUAUAGAAAAUCAAUUGAAAGUUUAGCAUGUUCAAUCAUAGUUGAUAAUCCAAAUCUCAUGGAUAAGCAUUUUACAACAACAAUGAAAGAAGAAUAAAUUACUUUAGCAGAAGUUCUACCUUUAGCAUAUACUUUGGUUAUAUAAAAAUAAAAAAAGUGGAAUAUCACGAAUGAAUAAGAAAUUUUAUAAAGGCUAAACUAAUUACUCGUUAGCUAAAAACAGGAGCAAUAAAAAAUGAAUAUCAACAUUCUUUAUUAAAAAUAUUUCCUAUCUGAUCUUGGAUUAUAUUAUCCAGAUUUGUUAAAUUUUUCAUAAGGUAAGAUCUUUUGUACAGAAUUGCCUUUGGAUUAUUUUAUAGGAGAAUUGAAUAUCUAAUAUAAAGAUUUUUUUAUUGAAGAUAAUAAUUUAGUUGAUUUAAAGAUUGGUGAUUCAGCUUAUGUAUUCAUGUAUCCAGAUGAAUUUGAAAAUUAAACUAUCAAAGCUUUUCUGUUAAAAUAUGUGAGAAUCAAGAGAUUGCAACAGUUGUUCUCUAAUGUUCAUGUUGUUUGGUGUUAUAGAGGAAUGAAAAAAAAAGAGUUACUUGAGGCUCUAGGUAUCUGAG